AUGGCAGAAAAAUCACAAGAGGAAUCCGAAUACAAGUAUGUUGGAGCAGAGGAACUCGAAGAGUUUGAAACUUACUAUGAAGAAAAAGGUUUCGAACAAUUCGCAGAAUUCAUGGCAAACAAGAUAAAAGAAGUCGAAAAUGUCCCUGUGAAAAUUGCAGUGACUGGAAUUUCCGGUACAGGGAAAUCUGCCUUCGUGAACACAUUUCGAGGACUUAAUGCAGAUAAUGAAGGUGCCGCUAAGGUUGGAUCAUUAGAGACAACAAUGGUUCCAACGGAGUACCGCCAUCCAAAUAAUAAAAACGUUACCCUGUGGGACUUACCUGGAGUUGGCACGUCCAAAUUUAACAAAGACAAUUACGAGGAAAAGGUUAACUUUGAUUCAUACGACUUCUUCCUUAUCUUUACCAGAGGCCGUAUUUUUGAGGACGAUAUAUGGCUUGCUAAAAGAGCUCAGCUUCGGGGUAAGAACUAUUUCAUUGUCAGGACACAUAUAGAUGUUGACAUGAAAGGUGACAAAUCAACACACCCACAUACACAUGAUGCCAAUAAGUUACUGAAGGAAAUCCGUGAUGGUACCAAGAGGCUGCUUGAAGAAGUUGGUGUCUAUCCAAAAGACGGUGUUUAUCUAAUAUCUACACUCCUCAAACAUGUACACAAGGAUUUAUGGGAUUAUCGCAAACUAGAAAAUGAUAUGCUGCAUAAACUACCCCGUGAAAAACGCGAAGUGCUUACCUUGUCUCUCAACAAUCUGUCCAAAAAUUUGAUCAAAGAAAAGUGCGAGAUACUUCGAAGUCGCCUUAAACAAAAGGCCAUGUUAUUGGCAUUGAAAGGGUUUGUCCCUUCUGGUUUAAAAGAUUUCAUGCCACAAGAAGUUUUAGACUUUAUAGAUAAUGAAAUGACUAGUUAUAGACAAGCGCUGGGGCUAGACGACGGUACCUUAAGGCGUCUUUCGCAAAGAACUGGCAUAGAACUGGAAAGCCUUAUUUCAGAGACAACCGAAAUAAUCGAAAUGCCAACUUUGCGAAUUACUGGAGACGUUGUGAUGAUGCUCAUGGCUUGUGCCAUCGACCCUGUGCUAAUUGUACAUCCUGCAAUUUCAUUUUUUUCCAAAUUGGGCGUUGGAUUUGGUGUAGCAUACGAGUCAGCCUACAGGUUGCUGCACGAUAUUUUGGGUCGUCUGGAAACCGCCUCACUCAGAGUUAUCGAGAAGAUGCCCUCAACCCAACAUACAGAAUCCCUAAAGGCGACUUUGUCUUCUACCCCAUAUGGAGUUCUGUACGACAGAACACAAGGUGGAGAUGACGAAGCCUGA